CCCGCCAGCAGCCACCAGUUGUCUGGCUGACAGCGCGCGCGUAGGUUGUUGUGUUGUUUUUUCCCUCGUCUGUCUCUUUCUCGCGCACGGAACUUUGAAGAGUGGAAAAGAAAAUAGUUUCUCGCAAGUUCCUCGUGGAAGUGGAAUUCUAAAUAUUUAGUUUUUUUUUAUUAACGGCGCGAAAGUGGACCAACCAGCUGAGUUCAUGUCGCAGUUGGUGCCCAUCGGCCCGUUCGUGUUGGACAACUUCGACGACAACAUCUACACCAUGUACUCCGACCUGGGGAGAAAGGAUAAACCUUCACUGGUGGUGUCGCUGGACGGACUCAACUCCGGGGUGCCGACCCGCACCACGUCCACCCUCACGCCGACGCUGCUGCGCAACAUCGACCAGACGUUCCUCGACCUGCAGAGCGAGGUGGAGCCGUACCAGAACGAGGCGGGCUUCGUGCCCCCGGUGGUGCAGCCUAUAACGCAAGGCAGCUACAUGAGCCUCGUGGACCAGAAGGGAUGGCAAGGAGGGAUCACGUCCGUCGCGCCCUCCCGCCCCUCCACGGCGCUGCACAACCCGACCAUCGCCACGGUCGCCAACACGGCUCGCAGGAACGUGGGCGGCAGGCGCCCGGCCAAGAACACCGGGAUAAGCCCAGAGGAAGAGGAAAGACGAAGAAUCAGACGUGAGCGGAACAAGAUGGCAGCAGCGAGAUGUAGAAAGAGAAGGAUGGAUCAUACCAACGCCCUUCUGGAACAAACUGAGGAGCUGGAACAGAAGAAACAGGGACUUCAAAACGAGAUCCAGCAACUGCAGAUGGCGAAGGAGGAGCUGGAGUUGAUUCUGGAGACACACAAGGUGUGCUGCCGACUGCGAGAGUCAGGCAGCCCGCCCUCCCCGCCGGACGUCAAGCCGCUGAUACUGCCCCCAGUUGUGCCGGAGCAGAGGGAGAUGAAGCCGCCGGGCCCAGUCGCGGACCAGGAGAGGUUCUUCGGCGCCCCGCCGCCCGCCAAGCGGCCGGCAAUGUCCGGGGGCUCCGCGACGGGCGGGGCCAAGCCCCCCAGGCCGACGUCCCUGCCCGUGGCCGCUGCCUUCACCCCCAUGCAGAACAUGCUGAAGACGGCGGCGGCCAUGUUCGAGGGCGCCGGCCUCCCGGGCGCCACCCCCUCCGCCAACAUCCCCUUCAACUUCGACUCGCUGAUGGAGGGCGGGACGGGCCUCACGCCCGUCUCCUCCGUGUCGAACCCCGUGGUGACGCCGUCGUGCUCCAGCCAGCAGCGCAGCGCCGGCUGCGUGGACCUGUCCAGCCCGGACUCCGUGCCCCCCAAGCUGGUGUCCUUGUGAUGGCGGGCGGGCCAGGCCGGGCUGGAGGCCAGGCGGGGCGUGCGGAGGUAGCCCCCGUGGCCGCCGGACAUAAUGCUGUGAAACCAAAGUGGCCUCGUGUUUAGUCUGCCUGCCUGCCUUCACGUCGCCGUUGUUUCCCGUUCCGUCAAAAGAUGUUUGCUCAAUUUUCGCCAAAUUUGCUUUGCUACCAAGAAAAUGCCUUCUUUUUUUUUUUAAGUGGUUUCUUCUACAGGAGAUCUCGAUCUCCGGUCAUGAUAUGCUUUUAUAAUUUUGUGGCAGAAAAUAGCAUGGCCUUGUAAGUGAGCAAUAAGAGAUUUUGUUUUCGAAAUAAGACUACUGUUUGUGCGCUGGCAAUACACGUGUGAAAUAUUGCAUUUUCAGCACGGUAUCGGUGUGCAUUUUUUUUGGAAUAUUUUUUCAAAUGUUGAUAAACUUUGUAUUGCUUACUUAAUUGCUAUGGAUGUUGUUUAAUUUUGAUGUUCACACAUUCACACGUGACUGUUCAUAAUAUUUUUCAAGGAAGUGUUUUUAUACAUGAAUGACCUUGUGUUGGUUGGUGCUUCAGAAAAGAUUUUAAAGAGCGUGUUGUAGCAUUUUUAUUUUCGGAAAUCAUAUUAUAAUGUAUCAGAUAAUUAUUUUAAAAAAUUAGAUAUAUUGUGACAGUUGAGUAUAAACGAUUUGAGCAGUAUAUUUUUAUCUGUAUUGAAUUAUCAAAGAAGAUAGAUUGGAGAAACGCAACAAUGUAAGUCGAUUGGAGAAACGCAACAAUGUAAGUCAAGUGCAAAAGGGAGAUGUGACAAUAUUGAGUCAAGUGCAAGAGUAUUGCUAGUCUAAGUUUUGUAUUUGUUGUACUUAACUGUUUAAUUCUUCUGCAUUGUGCAAGUCUUGUGGUACGGACAGUUUUUAUGUUUGCUCGGCAACUGGCAGUUGCAGAAUUCAUGAAGUUUUUUUUUGUCUUCCUUGAAAUCUUGGAAGCCUUUGUUUGUGAUGUUACAUGUGUAUAUUUUUGUUGUGACGUGUUCUGUGGAUGUUUGGUCAAGUGAAUAAAUCUUAUCAAAGUUUUGAUACUGUAUGAAA